UCCCCAGGAUGUUUAUAGUGGCUUCCCUUGGGUACACAUUGAUGCAUUCAGUUUUUCGUCAGAGAUGCGGAAAUUAUAAUUUAAAAUGUCAGUUUUGCAACGUUUUUUCAAUACUGUUCCAAAAGAAAAACAAGCUGAAGGUCAUACACAAGUGCGAGGGCUAGACUUUGGCCAAGCAUACAAUCCUUACAAUGAGGUGCUACUGCUACAACACCACUCAGACAUAAUCAGGCUUCUGUUGAAGAUUGAUAACAAAAGGUUUGUUUCAGCUGGCGAUGACAAUAAAGCUGUCAUCUGGGAUAUUCAGUUUGGCAGGAAGCUGGCAACUCUUGUUGGGCAUUCUCACCCUAUUACCAGCCUCCUUUUACUACAGCCCAGAAUAGAUUCAGUUGAUGACUACUACCUCUUGACAGGGUCUUCUGAUAAGCAGAUUAAGGUAUGGGAUGUAUCAACAGGUCAGUGUCGAAGGACUUUGACUCAGCAUGCAAGUUCUGUCAGGUGCUUAGUAUCCUUAAUGGACAGAGAACUGUUCUGUUCUGGUGGGGAACAUAUAUCUGUGUGGAAUCAGAAUGGCACCCUACUUAAUACCUAUCAAAGAAAACCAGAGGAGGAAGAUAUAUACCUUAUGAUAGCCAUCUCCAACUACCGCUUAGUGACUGCUGCUGACAAGGAUCUUGUGGUGUACUCUGUGAUAACAGGGACAAGUACAGAUAAUGAAGACAGAAAAGAAAUAAUAAAGAUACGACGUCUUCCUUCUCAUCGGGAAGCUAUUCACAGUUUGAUUGUUAUUUCUGAUUCCUGCUUUAGCAGUGGUUCUAUUGAUGGAACCAUCAUUCUGUGGACUUCCCAUAACCUUAUUCCUGCUAGGCAAUUCAACACUGUGUCAGAGUAUCAAGGCAUCAGCAAGGGGUUUCCUUUUAGUGUUCAGUCUCUUUUCUGUGUGCAAGAGCGAUAUCUGUUUGCGGCCAUUGGCUCGGGAUUUUGUGUGUUUGACAUGGGCCAGGGCAGAGAACGUCUUUUGAUAAGGAUGUUGGCAGCUCAUCAUUCCAAGAUUAGUCACCUUGGCUUUGCAUGUGAGGGUCGGUAUUUAGUCACUUGCUCAGAAGAUGGAUCAAUUCGCAUUUGGGGAAGACCUCCUCUAUAUGGAGAUGAUGAUGAAAAGGAGCAUUUGCCUCAAAGUCCAAUGGAACAGUUUACAGGAAUGAGUAUGGCUGAACUCCAGAAUGUUGGUGACAGCUUAUGGUCUCCACAUUUGCUGGGUGAAUGUCUUGGCCAUGCAAGUGCAGUACAGAGUUUUUUGGACUAUGACCAUGAGGGUCUGGUAUCUUGUGGUGCUGAUGGCCUGGUGAUUGUGUGGAAGAAUUCAGAGAUGCAGAAAGUACGUCGUAACCAAAUGGUGCAAGAUAUUAUCUUGAACUAUGAUGCUAUAGUGUAGCUCAGUCAUUCCAGCUGUCACUUUGACGUUGUACGGUAUAUGAAGUGAUGCAUCAUCUUUAUAAGUAUUCAAACAAGUCUUCAUUUACUUUGGAGGCUUCUAAAAUUGGACUAACCAUAGGUAUAUUCUCUGGCAACAUGAAGACAGAGUCUAACAAGGAGAGUGUGCUGUGUAAAUGUUGGUAUUUGAGAACUGUAGAAAAUGUAUUUUUUACUCUUAUUAAAGUUUACCAAAUGUGCAUUGGUCAAGUUACUACCGCUCCUGUUAAUGACCUGAAAUAAAUCCUGACCAGUGACACAGGACACGCUAGACUGAACACACGCCAGCGGGUCAAAGAUUUUGAGUACAUGUUGACUCCUUCACUCGGUCCAAGAUCAAAGAGUGACCAGGGACACCUCACAGGAAGGAAGAGGCAAAUAAGCCCCAGACUAAGGGAAACUCUAGAUCAUGACUUUGCAAGCGAGCGAGUGGAAGCCUAUCUUGAGGAGACAUAAAAGGCUGUUGUUUGCUGGACUGAGGGCCUGCAUACUCGAGACUAAAUGUGCACCAGGACAAGAUUGGACUUGUUGUCCCGUGCUUAUAAAAAUGGAAUUAUAGAAAUUAUUGACUGCGCCUGAACUGUGGAGAACAGUAUAUGUAUAUGUGUGUGAACUGUGUGUAGUUACUUUGAACUGUGAAAUAUUGUCUUUCGUCUCCUUGAAAAUGAAAGAUUGUCAACAAUUGAGAAGUAGCAGAUUAUACAAAGGAAUUCAUUAACGCAAAAGAUUCAAAGCAAUCAUUCAAAUCAAAAGUAAAGCUAUAAAAUCAUAAAGUUAAAGUUAAAUGUAACUGAAAAAGAUAUCUGGUUGGUUUUUCCCCAUGUAUAGAUAAAUUAAGUUCUCCUGCCCUGUUGAAACUCAAAGCAAUAAGUGUUUGUGACCAACCUGUUGUCUGCUGUUGAUACAAUGUGUAUUGAUGGAAACAACAUUAGGCGGCGAUUUAAGAGCAAAAUGAGACGGCAUGGGAGGAGGAAGGUAAAGAUGUUUAUGGCACAAGACAGUUUCUACUUGACAGUAUUAUAGUCCUUAACUACAAGGUGUAGAUUUAUGAGAGAUCUGUUGAAAGUAUUGAAGAGCUGAGGAGCGCCACACCCAAGUUAAUUAUGGAAUGACUACUAUUGCAGUUGAUGCGCGUGUGUCUGUGUGUGUGUGCCGAGAGACUCGUGUGUUUCUCUUUCUCCCCCAACCACAUAGGCCUUCGUCCUGCAAAAUAUUUAAGAUAGUUAUUUUUCUAGUGGCUUCACUCCUUUUUGCAAGUGCUGUUAGCAUUCAGAAUAUUUUGGGGCUGGAUGUCAACAGUGUUUUCAUUGUAUACUUAGUACUAUAGUCUGCCUAAAAUGAACUCAAUUAAAUCUUCUUUGCAGUCGAAAA